AGAGCUCCGGGUGGCCGCGGCGGAGCCUGGAGACGAUCGCUGGGCGCGGCAUCCUGCCAGCUCUGCGUGCGCCCGCGGUUAUGGUCCCCGCGGCGGCGCCGGGCGCCUGAGUCCCGGGACGCGGACGCCGGUCGGGAGCCGUGGCGCGGGCUGCGAAGUAUUGUCCGGCUUCUGGAGCCCUAACAAAGCUGCGCCCUUGCUUUGCAGAGCGCCGGAGGCUGGCGGCUGGCUGUGCGGACACAACCGAGAGGUCGACCGAAGGUGAGCACCGUGGGCUAUGGGAUGGAUGAGGUGGAGCAGGACCAGCAUGAGGCCCGACUCAAGGAGCUGUUUGACAGUUUUGACACAACGGGUAUGGGAUCUCUGGGCCUGGAAGAACUCACCGACCUUUGUCACAUGUUAAGCUUGGAGGAGGUGGGCCCAGUGUUGCAAGAGACGCUGCUUCAGGACAAUCUAUUGGGCAGGGUGCACUUUGACCAGUUUAAAGAAGCAUUGAUAGUGAUCUUGUCUAGAACUCUGUCAAAUGACGAACAAUUUCAAGAACCAGACUGCUCUCUGGAAGCUCAACCCAAAUAUGUUAGAGAUGGGAAGCGCUAUGGACGAAGGUCCUUACCUGAGUUUCAGGAGUCUGUGGAAGAGUUUGCUGAGGUAACAGUGAUUGAGCCACUAGAUGAAGAAGCACAGCCUUCACAUAUCCAAGCCAGUGACCAUGACGAGCACUGGAAGACUCAACCCAGUGAGGAAUAUGAAGCAGAAGGCCAGUUAAGAUUCUGGAACCCAGAUGAUCUUAAUGCUUCACAAUGUGGAUCUUCUCCUCCUCAUGACUGGAUAGAAGACAAACUACAGGAAGUUUGUGAAGAUUUGGGAAUCACCCGUGAUGGUCACCUGAAUCGAAAGAAACUGAUCUCUAUCUGUGAACAGUAUGGCUUGCAAAAUGUCAAUGGAGAGAUGCUUGAAGAAGUCUUUCAUAAUCUUAACCCUACUGGAACAAUGAGUGUAGAAGAUUUUUUCUACAACUUAUUUAAAAAUGGAAAAUCCCUUACACCAUCAGCAUCUACUCCAUAUAGACAACUGAAAAGGCACCUCUCCAUGCAGUCCUUUGAUGAGAGUGGGAGACGUACCACAACUCCAUCAGCCAUGACAAGUACUAUUGGUUUUCGUGUCUUCUCCUGCCUUGAUGAUGGGAUGGGUUAUGCAUCAGUGGAGAAACUACUGGACACCUGGCAGGAAGAGGGCAUUGAGAAUAGUCAGGAGAUCCUGAAGACCUUGGAUUUCAGCCUUGAUGGAAAUGUCAACUUGACAGAAUUAACCCUGGCUUUAGAAAAUGAGCUUUUGGUCACCAAGAACAGCAUUCACCAAGCAGCUCUGGCCAGCUUUAAGGCCGAGAUACGACAUUUGCUAGAGCGAGUUGAUCAGGUGGUCAGAGAAAAAGAGAAGCUACGGUCAGAUCUGGACAAGGCUGAGAAACUCAAGUCCCAGAUGGCCUCAGAAGUGGAUGAUCACCAUGCAGCCUUAGAGCGGCGGAAUGAGUACAACCUCAGGAAACUGGAUGAAGAAUACAAGGAGCGCACAGUUGCCUUAAAGUGUGAACUCCAAAAGGAGAGAGAACAACUUUUGCAGCAAGUGGGAAAGCAGCGUUCAGAAUUUGAGCAGGAAAUUGAAAAGGCAAAAACAGAAGAGAACUAUAUCCGGGACCGGCUUGCCCUCUCUUUAAAGGAAAACAGCCGUCUAGAAAAUGAACUUAUGGAAAAUGCAGAGAAGUUGGCAGAGUAUGAGAACCUAACUAACAAACUGCAGCGAAAUUUGGAGAAUGUGUUAACAGAAAAGUUUGGUGACCUUGAUCCCAGCAGUGCUGAAUUCUUUUUGCAAGAAGAGAGACUGACACAGAUGAGAAAUGAAUAUGAACAGCAGUGUAGGGUAUUACAAGACCAAGUGGAUGAACUCCAGUCUGAGCUGGAAGAAUUUCGUAUGCAAGGCAAAGUACUAAGACUUCCCUUGCAGAACUCACUGUCAGAAGAACUUGAUAUUAACAGUGGUUGCAUUGAACGUGACCAGGGGUUUGGCUCUGAAGAGUGCAAUCCAUUGAAUCUGAGCAUCGAGGCUGAGCUGGUCAUUGAACAGAUGAAAGAGCAACACCACAGGGAGUUGUAUUGUCUACGAAUAGAGCUUGAGGAUAAAGUGCACCAUUAUGAAAAGCAGUUAGAUGAAACCAAAGUUGCCUGUGAAAAGGAGCAGGAGAACAUGAAACAGAAGUAUGAAAAUGAAGCAUUUACCUUGGAAAAACAGAUAAGUGAUCUUCAAAAUGAUAUUGUAGAACUUCAGAGGCAGACAGUAGUACUCAAGGAGGCACAGCAUGCAACUACCUGCAGACACGAAGAGGAGAAAAAAGAACUACAACUGAAGUGUGAUGAGGAGAAGACUUGCCUGAAGGAGACACUGAGACUGGAGUAUGAGCUGGAGCUCAAGGCUAGACUGGAGCAGGCAGAGGAAAGCUUUAAUCAAGAGAGGGAGGGACUUAAUCAAAAUGGCACCUGGACUGAAGAGAAGGUAAAAGUCAUGACUCAGGAGCUAGAGCAGUUUCACCAGGAGCAGCUGAAAAGCCUGGUAGAGAAAUACACUCUUGAAAAAGAGGAGUUGCAAAAAGAACUCUUGGAAAAACACCAAAGAGAACUUCUGGAGGAAAGGGAAAAAAUGGAGUCUGAAUGUAAUAGAAGAACCUCUCAGAUAGAAGCCCAGUUUCAGGCUGAUUGUCAGAAAGUCAAUGAGAAAUGUAAGGAUGUUCUGUACAGACUGGAAGGGCACUUCCACCGAGAGCUAAAGGACCUUCAGGAACAGCACCAUGAGGAGAGAUCCCAUUGGGAGUUUGAGAAAGACGAGCUCACCCAAGAAUGUGCAGAAAUCCGUGAACUGCUCAGAGAGACUCUCCAGAAGGAGAAAGCAACUUCCCUGGUACUAACCCAGGAAAGAGAGAUACUGGAAAAAAACUACAAAGCACAUGUGGAUAGCAUGGUUGUUGAGAGAGAACAGCUUCUCAAAGACCUGGAGGAUCUAAAAAAUGUAUCUCAAAGUCAGCAAAACCUACUGUGUGACCAGAUCCUCGAGCUCAAGAGUAGUCACAAACAAGAGCCGAAGGACCAUGAGCAGCUCCUGUGCCAGGCAAGCACUUCUAAGCAACUUGAGAGGCUAGAAAUGGAGCACGACCAAGAGAAGCAGAGGAUGGUGGCUAAGCUUCUGGCCAUGGAGAAUAGUCACAAAGUAACUUGUGAGAAAGCAGAUCGAGAGAGGGCUGAGAUGAGCACAGAAAUCUCUAGGCUUCAGAACAAGAUUAAAGAAAUGCAACAAGUGACCUCUUUCUCCCAUCUUCACAGUGGCUGCCAGGCAGUGGGAGGGGAGGAGACAGAAGGAAGUGGGGCCAUGUCCCUGCUCCAGCAAGGAGAGCAGCUGUUAGAAGAGAAUGGAGGUGUUCUCUUAAGCCUACAAAGAGCUCACGAACGAGCUGUGAAAGAAAAUGUGAAAAUGGCCACUGAGAUUUUGAGAUUGCAACAGAGGCUGUGGAAAUUAGAGCCAGGGUCAGUAAUGUCUUCGGGUUUAGAUGAAUCAACUAUUGGGUUCUUUGGAAAUGCUGUGAAGCAAACAGAGCCAUUUUUGGAGCAAAACCGAAUGAAGCAAGUGGAAGGUGCGACCAGGUUGCAAAGCCUAAGUGACCCACAGAAUGAUGAGGUCCAGGAUCUAGGAAGCACAGCAGCAAGCUCUGCCCAGAAACAGAGGGUCAAGAUAGGAGAGUCUGACACAUCAGUAGAAAGUUUUUCUGAGCUUGAAAACAGUGAAGAUACCAGAACUGAGACCUGGGAUCUGAAGAAUCAGAUUUCUCAGCUUCAGGAACAAUUAAUCAUCUUACGGGCAGACUGUGACCGAGCUUCUGAAAAAAAACAGGACCUACUUUUCGAUAUUUCUGUGCUAAAAAAGAAAUUAAAGAUGCUUGAGAGAAUCCCUGAGUCUUCUCUCAAGUAUAAAUUGUUAUAUGAAGAUGCCAGUCGAGAGAAUGACUGCCUCCAGGAAGGGCUGAGAGUGAUGGAGACACGCUAUGACGAAGCACUAGAAAAUAACAAAGAACUCACUUCUGAAGUCUUCCAACUGCAGAAUGAGCUGAAGAAAGUUGAAGAAGUGACUGAGACAUUCCUUAGCCUGGAAAAGAGUUACGAUGAGGUCAAAAGAGAAAAUGAGGAACUGCAUGUUUGGGUUUUGAGACUUCAAAACAAGAUCGAGAAGCUGCAGGAAAGAGCAGUGCCCCAGUGUGACUGCUUCUCCCAGUGGGAAGCCAAUUUAGAUAACUUAGAAGUCAACCCUGGUGGAAAGGUACUUGAUUCCUGUCAGACACCAGCAGAGUGUUUCCCCAAGGUUAUGAAUGUACACCAAAUUAUAGAACAUUAUCAAGAAAACCAGUUCAUUGAUCAGGAAAAUACACCACUCCUGGAAAAAGUAAAAGCACACGAAAUUGCCUGGUUCCACAGAACAAUCCAGACACAUCAAGAAAAGCCUGCAAUACAGCACCAAGUUAUACUAGAGGAAAACACUGCUCUCCUAAGCCUUCAAGACAAACAUUUGCAGCGGCAGGUCACAAUAGCAGAGUUAGAACUGGAGAAGCAAAAGCUGCAGGAGCUAACUAGAAAGUUGAGAGAGAGAGUCACUAUUUUAGUUAAGCACAAAGAUGUACCAUCUCAAGGAGAAAAGGAGGAAGAGUUGAAGGCAAUGAUGCAUGACUUGCAAGUCACGUGCAGUGAGAUGCAGCAAAAAGUUGAGCUUCUGAGAUAUGAAUCUGAGAAGCUUCAAGAGGAAAACUCUAUUUUAAGAAAUGAAAUUACCACUUUAAGUGAAGAAGAUAGCAUUUCUAACCUGAAAAUAGGGGAAUUAAAUGAAUCUCAGGAAGAAAUGUGGCAAAAAAGAGAAACUAUAAAACAGGGAAAAGCUGCAGUUCAAAAGAUGGUUGAAAAUUUAAAGAAACAGAUUUCACAAUUAAAAACCAAGAACCAACAGUUGGAUUUGGCAAAUGCAGAGCUUAGCCAAAAGAACUCUCAAAAUCAAAAAGAGCUACAAGAACUUAAUCAACGUCUGGCAGAGAUCUUAUGCCAGAAGGAAGAAGAGCCUGAACACAGUACAUUCGAGGAAUGGGAGCAAGAAAAAUCUAAUCUGAAAGAAGAACUGGAACACUGUCAAGUUCAGUCUUCCUCUUUAGUAUCUUCUUUGGAAGCAGAACUUUCUGAAGUUAAAAUACAGACCCAUAUUGUGGAACAGGAAAACCUCCUUCUCAAAGAUGAACUGGAGAAAAUGAAACAACUGCACAGAUGUCCUGAUCUCUCUGACUUCCAGCAAAAAAUUUCUAGUGUUCUAAGCUACAAUGAAAAAUUACUGAAAGAAAAGGAAUCCUUGAAUGAAGAAUUAAACAGAUAUAUGGAUAAGUUGGCAAAAUCAAGAAUUUUAGAGCACCAGAUUGCUGUGAUGAAGCAGGACCAUAAGUCUUGGGAACAUCAGAGUGAAAGCCUAAAGUCACAGCUGGUAGCUUCACAGGAAAAGGUUCAGAGUCUCGAAGACACUUUGCAGAAUGUAAAUCUACAAAUGUCCCAGAUUAAAUCUGACCUACGAAUGACUCAACAGGAAAAUGAAACUCUGAAACAAGAAGUGAUGUCUUUACAUAAGAAACUUCAGAAUGCUGGUGACAAGAACUGGGCCCUGGAAAUAUCAGGAAUCCAUAACCCACAGCAAAGGACAUCUUGGGACAAGUUAGACAGUCUAAUGAAUGGAGAACCACAGCUGCUUUGGCAAGAGAAUGAGAGACUCCAGGCUGUGGUGCAAAAUACCAAAGUGGAACUCACACACCCCCGGGAUAAGGUCCGUCAGUUAGAAUCAAACCUUCUCCCCUCUAAACACCAGAGGCAUCUAAGCCCAUCAAGUUCUGUGAAACCCACUGAACAAGAGAAACUGAACUUGAAGAGAGAGUGUGAACAAUUUCAGAAGGAACAGUCUGCUAAUAAGAAGGUUGAUCAGAUAAAUUCUAUUGAACAAGAAUUAGAAACAGUUCAUUUGGAAAAUGAAGGACUGAAAAAGAAACACGUAAAACUGGAUGAGCAGCUAAUAGAGAUGCAGCACCUGAGGUCCACUGUGAUGCUUAGCCCAUCCCCUCAUGCUUGGGAUUGGCAGCUGCUCCAGCAGCAAGCCUGUCCAAUGGUGACCAGGGAGAAGUUUCUGCAGCUUCAACACCAGCUGCUGCAGGCAGAAAGGAUAAACCAACGCCUGCAGGAAGAACUUGACAACAGAACCUCUGAAACCAACACACCACAGGAAAACCAAGAACAACUGGUGAUGGUCAUGGAAGAACGAAUGAUAGAAGUUGAACAGAAAUUGAAACUGGUGAAAAGGCUUCUUCAGGAGAAAGUGAAUCAGCUCAAAGAACAACUCUGCAAGAAUACCCAAGCAAAUGCAGUGAUGAAGGAUUUGUAUGUUGAAAAUGCCCAGUUGAAAGCUCUGGAAAUGACUGAACAGCAGCAAGAAACAGCAGAGAAGAAAAAUUAUCUCCUUGAAGAGAAAAUUGCCAGCCUCAGUAAUAUAGUCAAGAAUCUGACACCAGGACCACUGAUUUCUACACCUCCCCUGAGGUCAUAGCCAAACCAAAGGAUACACUUAGAUGUAUGCACUUUACUGAAGUGGAUGGACUAUUUCAGUAGAUUAAUUUAACUUUAAAAAAAAAAAUUAAUGGCUUUAAGUAAAGCCUAACCUAGAAUUUUCAGCAGCACAAGUGGAGUCUUCAUUCAUUGUAAAUAAUUUUUCUAAACUAGACUCUCAGUGCAAUUGUGGGGUGGGGUGGGGGAGGAAUACACAUAUUUGAAUUCUUCCCAAGUUUUUGAAUUUAAAAAAUUCCAAGUGGUCCGGGAGGUAGACCCAUGGAGUAAUCCAAGAACCUUAGAACCCUGGUUUUGAAUAACUUCUGUAAAAUGACUUAUAUACAAAUAACAACUGUAAAUUCCAUGUUUUAAAUUUCAGAUCUGGUUAACUAGUUGACCUCUGAUUUGAAAUCACAGUGGUUAUGCAAAAAGACUUUAAUGUCUAAAGGCUUCAAGAUCCCAAGUAUAAAACCCAGCACUACCAUAAACCAGAGCUGAGUAGUGCUCUGGUAGAAAAGCAAAUUCUGAGGGAGUUGGGCAGUAGCGCAGCGGGUUAAGCGCAGGUAGCUCAAGGACCGGCGUAAAGAUCCUGGUUCGAGCCCGGCUCCCCACCUGCAGGGGAGUCGUUUCACAAGUGGUGAAGCAGGUCUGCAGGUGUCUGUCUUUCUCUCCCCCUCUCUGUUUUCCCCUCCUCUCUCCAUUUCUCUCUGUCCUAUCUAACAACGACAUCAAUAACAAAGCUUACUAAAUAAAAUAAUUUUUAAAAAAUUCUGUAGGUUACUUUAUAAAAUUAAAUAUUGAAAAAUCACUCAGUCUCUAACAAUUUGGUUUCUUUGAAUUAUUUUAUAUGCUUUCUGUUUGAUAGAAUCCUGCCCUCAAUCAUUGAGGUUAGAAAAGCUGGAGUCAGGAGUUGGGCAGUAGCGCAGCGUGUUAAGCAAAGGUGGCGCAAAGCUCGGUGGAAGGAUCCUCGUUCGAGUCCGGCUCCCCACCUGCAAGGGAGUUGCUUCACAAGCGUUGAAGCAGGUCUGCAGGUGUCUUAUCUUUCUCUCCCCCUCUGUCUUUCCCUCCGCUCUCCAUUUCUCUCUGUCCUAUCCAAUAAUGACAACAAUAAAACAACAAGGGCAACAAAAAGGGAUAAAUAAAUAUUUAAAAAGAAAAGCUGGAGUCUGUAAAACAUUACUUUCUAGCACCUAACCUAGUAUUACCACUCUUGAUGCAUUCUAUAGAACUGAUUUCUCAAUUGCACUGUUACUAAGGUUAAAGCUUUACUUUCUAUAAACAGCCUUUUAUUUUCCCCUAUUUUAGAAGUUUCACUGAAAGCUUUUCUAUAUGGACAUGGAUAAAGCCACAUUCUUAAAGCAUUUUGAACUUUAGGGAAAGCACUGAACAAUUAACUUUGAAUUAAACAGCUACUCCUAAAUAAGCAAACCAUGUGAAUUUUACAUUUGGAGUUACCUCAAGAACUCAGGGACCAAUACCCUAAACUGUUUCCUUGUACUACUGUAAGACCACUUUAAGAAUUUAAAGUGUAUAACUUGUGACUUUAUUUGUCCUAUAUUUACACCUAUCAUGGGAUUUUUAGUGAGUUUUAUUUUCUGAAACAAGGCCUUCACCUAAGAGUUAAAAACCUCUUCUAACCCAUGGAAUAAGUUAUUAUUGUUCAUGUUUAUUAUCUGCUUGCUAAAUAUAGGUCAAUUUUUCCAUCCUUCUUAAUCCUCAAGAUCUUAACAGUAGCACACCCAGUAGACCACACAUGUUCAAGGACUUGUGUUCAAGUUCCUGGUCCUCACUUGCAGGAAGGAAGCUUUAUGAGUAGUGAAGUAGUGCUGCAGGUCUCCCUUCCUUUUCCAUCUCAGUGUCUGCCAGUAAAGGGGGAAAAAAGACUUACAGAGAUAAAUGCUCGUGUGCCAUGUGAGGUAAAGGAGAGCAAAACAAUUUUGCAUUAAGUUUGAAGACCAGAACUUUAUAGAGCACUAAGCAUGUAAUAUUGGAUCAACUUGAUUGUUCCCAAGCAAAACUCUGUCUAGCUUACGUCUUUCAGCAAUUGCUGAAGAACAUACUAGAUACAGGACCCUAACAAGCUUAUCACAGCCAUCAUUUUGUUUUGAUGGCAAAGUAGUCAUAAAAAUUUACUUUGAUGUCCAAGAAAGCUAGGCCUAUUGAUUUAUAAGAGAGAUAACUAAAUUCUAGUGCUGCUUUAUGAGAGGGAGCAACAUAUGCAGUAGAUAGCCUUAAAAAAUAACAAUGCCUAAGAAAUCAUAUCAAUCUCAACUAAAUUAGCAAGGAAGUUUAGGUUUUCUCAAGACCUAAUUGUCUACAAUUUGUCCCACCUGCCAAUGCAGGAAGGAGUCCUGUUCAAAGAGCUCUUCAAAGACAUGUUCAUUUGUGGAACUGGGUAUUCAUACUCAUGAAGUGAACCAUUUCAAUUUGAAUACUCCUCUUAACAGAAGAUCCUAUUUCUCCCCUAGGGGGGAAAAAUUUUUAAUUUUAAGCAUGCCCUAUUAUUAUUCUUCCUUAAUAUUCUCCAGUAUAAACAUUCCUAGAAAGUUUAACUAUUGUGUCACAUUGACUUUCACAAUCUUCACUAAAAACCACAUAUAGGCCUAAGCUAAGGUUAAAAAUAAACUAAGCAUCUCUGGUAUACUUGAGUGAUGUGCUUCAGGUUACUCAGUGUUAUUGCAAUUAAAACUGAACACCAAGCAUAUUUCUCAAGUAGCUGGCUUAGCUUGUGAUCACAAAAUAUAAUAAUUAUUUUUUAAUACUAUGAAAAGUACAGGUGAAUUUGCUUUCCUUACAAGUCUAUAAAUGCAUAUAAAAUGCUGUGUAAUUAAUGUAAAUAGGCCUUUCUGGAAAGUUGUAGACUAUGUUAGAAUCUCUAUCCAAAAAGCAAAACGCUGCUUAAAUUAAAGCUAUAUUAACGAACAUCCAGGUGCUUUUUCUCCCUUUACAUACUUAAAAGCUGGGGGAAAGAAAAAUGUAUGAAAUAUGUAGAUACCUUACAUUUGUACAUUUGUGCAGCAAUUUAUUUUUGUACAGUAAUUUAGAGUGAUUUUAAAAGGUCUUUUUACGAUAAUUAGAUUUGGACUUAAAAUAUUUUGCUUUCAGUCUUUAUAUAAUAGCACUCCUUAAAAAUCAUAAGUUAUGGGGCCAAGUGGCAGCGUACCUGGUUGAGUGUACAUGUUACAAUGCACAAGAACCCAGGUUCAAGCACCUGUUCCCCACCUGCAGGAGGAAACCUUUGAAAGUGGUGAAGCAAUGGUGCAGGUGUCUUUCUGUCUCCCUAUCUCCCCCUUUGCUCUCAAUUUCUGUCUCUAUCCAAUAAAUGAAUAAAAUUUUUAAAAAUCGUAAGUUAUAGACAUUUACUUAUCAGAGCACUCAAGUAGUAAAAGCACUCACUACUUGAGAUCUGAGGAGGUAGCACCAUCAGUAGUGCGAGACUUUCACGUCUGAGUCACCAGAGGUCCUAGGUUUGAUCCUGAGCACCACCAUAAAACAGCUGAAUAGUACCCUAGUUUUUAAAAAAGAAAAACCCUGAAUUUUCCUUUGAUUUAUUAAGAACAGUUGCUGAAAUUAGUCCUAGAAAAUGGAAUCUCUGUUCCAAAACAAGAAAACCAUGUUUGGGGCCAGCAAAAUAGUUUACUUGGAUAGUGUGCUACAUUGCCAUGUGCAUGACCUGGGUGAAAGCCCAGCCCACUGAAAGCCCAGCCCACUGAAGGAAGCUUAAGUAUGUGAUCUCGUAUACACUCUUUCUCUGCCCCUACAUCUGUCUCUAUCUCUGUGAAAACAAAAACAAAAAAGGAAAAGAAAAAAAAGAAAAUCAACUUUGCCUUUUGUGAUGACAAUACAGUAAGAAAAGGGAAAUGUGGGGACUUAAAUCUACAUUGUUUUGUUUGCCUUUUAGAAGCCUGAAUGUUUCAAAUUUGUGAAGAGAAAUAGAAAGAGAAGAAUAAAAACAACCACAGUAUUUUUUAUGAAACCCUUAAUAAACCCAUAUUAAAGUCUAUUUUAAAUAUCAUUCUUUCCAGAAGCUUCAAAUGCAUGGCUUAUAUAUUUAAUCUUGAAUGCAUUUCAUAGAAAUAGAUUAAAAAUCACAGGCUUGUGGGGUAGAGGAGGAACUCUUACAAAUCUAGAAUUUUCAGGAAUGUACCUAUACCCAGGGCAGGUGUUAUUAUUAAGAACAUUUUUUUAAAGAAUGACUAGGUUUAUCAUUAAAAAAAACUUUAGCAUAUGGAAUGAUUUAUUUUUUUCCUUAAGUAUAACACAAGAGAAAUACAUUGUUAUUAUCAACAUCUUAAAAGAAAUCUCAAUCAGGGAGUUGGGCGGUAGCACAGCAGGUUAAACACAUGUGGUGCAAAGCGCAAGGACCAGCAUAAGGAUCCCGGUUCAAGCCCCCAGCUCCCCACCUACAAGGGAGUCGCUUCACAAGCGGUGAAGCAGAUCUGCAGGUGUCUCUCUUUCUCUCCCCCUAUUUGUCUUCCCCUCCUUUCUCCAUUUCUCUCUGUCCUAUCAAUGACGACAUCAGUAACAACAACAAUAAUUACAACAACAAUAAAAAAAUAAUAAGGGCAACAAAAGGGAAAAUAAACAUAAAAAGUAGUCUCAAAGCAAGGCUAAGUGAUCUGUAAUAAUAUUAAGUCUUUUUUUUAAUUUUUUAACAUUUUUUAUUCCCUUUUGUUUCCCUUUUUAUUGUUGUAGUUAUUGUUGUUAUUUGAUAUCGUUGUUGUUAGAUAGGACAGAGAGAAAUGGAGAGAGGAGGGGAAGACAGAGGGGGUGAGAAAGAUAGAAAGUAAGUCUUGUUUUGAGUAGAUUAUUUAUAAUGACUCAUUGGAAUCAUAUAUAAGUAAUGCCAAAAACCAGCUCAAAACCUAAUAACCAGAGCAUUCCACACUUACGGCUUAUUCAUCAUAUCAUGUCUGAACCUAUUUGAGCAUCUCAACUGUACAAAAGAUGAAAUAUAUACUACUAAGGACACAAAAAGUUUGGAGUUUAUACAUAUGAGUAGUUGGUUAGUAAUAAAUCCAAGUUGGCUUUUGUUUCUCCAUUUUGUAAAUAACAUGAGCUAAAUGUAUUUUUAUGGGAAGACACUGACUUAAGGGAGCAUUGGUUUUGUGAAGGAAAAUCUGUGCUUAUGUAGCCUAUGUGCUUAUGCUUAUCUCUAGAAUUCUGUUCUGAUAAAAAUUAAUAUGUAUGUGUUGAUAUCAAUUCUGUACAUUUCAUCUUAGCUACUAUGCCCCAGAAAAACUUUAACAUGAGUUUAAAAUGUAAAUAAAUAACUUUUCAAAAGUC